AUGGCGGAAGAACCACAGCUCGGUUCCAUCCAGCAGCGUAUUGCUGCUCUAAAGCAAGCCCAGGCAGCGCAGUCCGGCACAGACCCGUCGCCAUUCCGCCCUGUGACCGAGCGAAGCAAGUCCGCCAACAACCCGCCCUCAUACAACGUCACUGGGUCUGUUCUGGACAGCGCAGCAAUAAGCAAUGAGCCUACAGAUGAUCAGAUCCAAACCCCCUCCGCCCUUACCUACACGCCGAUCAGAUCGCCCGACCCCCCUCCCCCUCCAGCGCGUCCAGAGCUUCCGUCUCGUCCAGAACCUCCCACUCGUCCGGAAGCACGGCCUGCAUUGCCGCCUCGAAGACCUACAGAGCCAUUACGGCGGCCUUCGCAGGAAUCGACCCUGUCCGACGCGUCGCAAUCGACCGCCGCUACGAGUGUAGGGCGCGGGGCUUCAACUACAUCUCUCAACUCGAAUGGUAACAGCCGGAUCAAAGCGCCAGCUUGGGGCGAUGCUGAUCUACCUAAACUGCCUCCCCGGCGUCCAAAGGAAGACCUUACAGAAAUUGAGCCUCCACGGCCAGAAUCCAAAUCACGCAUGAGUGGCUUGACUUCCAAGAUCAAUACUCUGCGUGGGAAAGCGCCAUCCUCUUCGUCUACAUCCUCUUCUUCUACACCAUCUCGCCCUAGCUUGCCUACCCGUACAUCUGGUCGGUCGGACACGUCUCUCUCCACCCCCCAACUACCACCCCGCCGGCCAUCUGGGGGAGUGGAGGCUCAUACGAAUGAGGCAAAUGGAACAGAUGAGGACUUCAGACCUAGCCUCCCCAUUCGCCGGUUGCCUCCUCCUUCGACUGACUCCGCUAUUAAUGAUGCCCGACAGUCUGGGUUCGGCAUAUCGAACAAGAGCCCAAGUAUUCCUGCGCGACCCAGUAGCACACCGACCCAGAACGGCGGACCCCCGCCUAUUCCGCACGGAUCACGCCCGGAUCUUUCUAGAUUAAAUGCAACAAAGCCCCGGUUUCACGCAUCUGUUCCCUCUGCCAGUCCUUCUGAGCAGCCCUCUACCACCGAGUGUUUGGUGUGUCGAGACUUUUCGGGCCCAGAUACUCGCGCCGCUCAGUAUCCACGUGCCACGCUUCCAAGUCAAGAUCUGGGAUGGCUAGCGAACGAGUUGACUGCGCCUUUCCCAUCAUUGACCGACAAGGCACGAGUCAUUUUCACCUGGCUACAUCACAAUGUUCAAUAUGACGUGUACUCGUUUUUCAAUAACUGCGUCAAGCCCUCAACGCCGGCUAGUACGCUUGCAACUGGACUAGCAGUGUGUGAGGGAUACGCGGCUCUCUUUGUCGCAUUGGCCACUAAGGCCGGACUAGAAGCGAUCGUAAUAUCAGGUCAUGGCAAAGGAUUCGGAUACGAGCCUCUGGCCCCCGGUGCCUCGGUCCCACCCUAUAAUGCCGGCCAUGCCUGGAACGCAGUGAAAAUAGACGGCGGAAGAUGGAAGUUAAUCGACCCAUGCUGGGGUGCCGGUGCCGUUAACGGUCAUGGCCAGCCAUACAUCCAACGCUUUGAACCGCACAUGUUCACUAUCUCGAACGAUGAAUUCGGCCUCAAACACUUUCCGGGCAAUAAAGACCAUUUCUUCCGCGAUGACGGCCGCCAGAUAUCCUGGGAAGAAUAUAUCACGACUAACCCGGACAUGCCCUCGGGCCUGCCCCCAAUCAAAUUCUUCGGCGAUGCCGAUAAGCAUAGCAUUGGCCGCAAAACUGUCUCCCCAGCCAGUGGCCGUAUCUCUUUAUAUAAUACCCCUGGCCCGAUCCGCUUUCAAUUCGGGUUGCUAUGUGAACACUGGACGCUCGCGCAGCACAGCCGCCAGAAGCCGGGCCUGUUCUUAUUGAUGAUACACGGAGUAGACGGCCGCAAAGAUGAUCGUCUCCCAUUCACGCACGUGCCUGGCUCAGGCCCCAGUGGCGGCGGCGAGUUGUGGUAUGUUGAUGUGCCGGAGGCGCGUAUGCUAGGUGCCCCGGGUCAGAAGCUCUCUCUGGCUGUUCUGACCAGUUUGGGCGACCGGAAGGAUUGUCGAGGAGUCACUGUCCAGGAGUACCAGUCCCAAGUAGGGCGGGUCGGUAUGGCUUGGGCUUAUGUUGCCGAGUGGGAGUUGGUACGGUAG